CAGCCCAGGCGGCCGAGCCGGGGCCGCGGCCAUUAACAGAAGCGCAAGCGGGAUUCGCUUGGGUGGGUGGGUGGGGAGCCAAGGUAGGUAGGUGGCCGCCUGCCUGCCUGCCUGCCAUCCAUCUCCCUCCUCCUUCGCCCGAGGAUCUCUCCUCCGCCCGCCUUUGCCCGCGCGCCCUCGCUCCCCCUCGCCAGCGCCGCCGCCGCCACUUCCAGGCGAGAUGCGGGCAGGAGCGAGCGGCGUGGCUGGCGAGCGAGGGAGCCGCUCCCGCAGGCAGACACGCACGCAGCCGGCGGCAGAAGCAGCGGCAGCAAAGGAUGCUCCGGUCGCCAUGGCAGCAGAAGCGGCAAGAGUAAGGUUUCUCUAAACUCUUGAGUUACCAAGAAACUCUGGGGAAACGAUUAUUCCCUCCUGCAAUUGUUGAUUGGCUGCCUACAGAUUCCAAACAAGAGGAGAAGGUUCUGGCGACACUGAGCCACUGAGAAGCAGAGGAUGUUGGUGUCCUGUAGGCACUGAAGAGAGAGAGAGAGAGAGAGAGAGAGAGAGAGAGAGAGAGAGAGAGAGAACUCAGUGGCCUGCAGCUCAGGUGUUUGGUGACAGAAGUCUGGUCUUGCUCCCUGUGAGAACCAGGGCUUUCAUUCUGUGCACUGUUCCAUUUCCCCAUUGAUCCUUUAUUCAUCCAGGAGAGUCAGAGCAGUGUGGGGUUAAGAGAAGGUUAUCUUCUUUUCAUUUCUUUUCCUUGAGGGAGACAGAAACCAAGCAAGCAAGCAACCUAAGAAGUAGUACCAGUAAAUAAAAAUGCUUCUUGCUUAUCUCACCUCCUUAAAAUUUAUUAUUUAUUUUCAACAUAUAUCCUCUGCCUCUGUACUUGAUGCUGUGUAAAAAUAAAAAACAAAAAGCCAGUUACAACAGUAGUUUAAAACGCAACAAGGGAACCAGCCGCACAAAUAUACAGAGCCUCUCGAAGAAAAGCAGCUGAAAUAGACAAAAUGCCAAACCGCUAUCACUAAAACUAGCAGUAAAUCAGUAAAUACAUAGGCCAGCAAUUCAGGAAAGCAACUUUUGCUGACCAGAGGCUCAGAGGAAAAGUGUCUUACAUUUCCUCCCAAAAUCCAGGAGGAAUGGGCAUAGGCUGACAUCCUCCAAAAGGUUGUUCAAUAUUAUUCGUCAUACAGCUGCAAAGAGUUAUAAGGAUCCUGUUACUAUACGUGGACUAGUUUUCCGUACAGACAAAGCAGGGCGUUAGUACAUAACUUUAAAAGGUAGGAGAAGGGGCACACACAGGUUGCAGCCUUCUGUCUUCUUUCGCUAGUUUCUUUGUGUUCUGUAAACAAAAUUAAAACAAGAUAUAAAUUUAAAAGAUAUAUAAGAGGAAAAGCGAGACAAAAAUUAAAAGAAGGGAGUAUGGAUCGAAAGAGUGAAAAACAAAGAAUGCAGAAAGAGCAGAGGAGGAAGGAAUAAUAAGGAAUAGGAUUAAGAGAGUGGGCCCUCCUCAUGGCAGCACCUUCCGGACGCUCCUUCGACAGUUCUCUCCUAGUUCCUCCCGGAAGUAGAUGAGACAGGCACUCCCUUGCCUUGUGCAUGCUCCUCUGUACUGUCUCCAGAUCCCAAGGCGGAGGAGGCACAAUGAAUCGCGGCGGAGGCAGCAGCCCCAUGGAGGAACUCUCAAAGGCUACCCUGCACAAUAACUCGCUGUGGUGGCUGGCUUGCGGGCUCCUUGCCCUGCUGGCCAACUCCUGGAUCAUCCUGAGCAUCACAGCCAAGCAGCAGAAGCACAAACCCCUGGAGCUUCUGCUGUGCUUCCUGGCAGGGACCCACAUCCUCAUGGCUGCCGUGCCGCUCACCACCUACGCGGUGGUGCAGCUGCGCCGCGAGUCCUCCGACUACGACUGGAACGAGAGCAUCUGCAAGGUCUUCGUCUCCACCUAUUACACCUUGGCCUUGGCCACGUGCUUCACCGUCGCCUCCUUGUCUUACCACCGCAUGUGGAUGGUGAGGUGGCCUGUCAACUACCGCCUGAGCAACGCCAAGAAGCAGGCCCUGCACGCCGUGAUGGGGAUCUGGAUGGUCUCCUUCAUUCUCUCCACGCUGCCUUCCAUCGGCUGGCACAACAACGGGGAGCGGUACUACGCCAGCGGCUGCCAGUUCAUCGUCAGCAAGAUAGGCCUGGGCUUCGGCGUGUGCUUCAGCCUGCUCCUCCUCGGAGGCAUCGUCAUGGGCUUGGUUUGCGUGGGCAUCACGUUCUACCAGACCUUGUGGGCUCACCGAAGACACCAUAGAUGCCACCACCUGAGAGCGGAGGAAGCCGCCUCUGCUUGCCCGUCUUCAGCUCACAGCACCUUCAACGUGCCAACUAUCGUGGUGGAGGACGUUAGGGGCAAACGGCGGUCGUCGCUGGAUGGGUCUGAAUCUGCCAAGACUUCCAUGCAGAUGACCAAUCUCAUCAGCGCCAUCGUUUUCCUCUACGACACACUGACCGGGGUGCCCAUUUUGGUGGUGAGCUUCUUCAGCCUGCGCUACGACACGGCUCCCACCUGGAUGGUGCUGGCUGUGCUCUGGUGCUCCAUGGUGCAGACGCUGCUCUUGCCAUCCUUCAUCUGGUCCUGCGAACGCUACCGGGCUGACGUCCGGACUGUGUGGGAGCAAUGCGUGGCAAUAAUGUCAGAUGACGACGGGGAAGACGAUGGCACUGGUGACGAUUACGGUGACGGGAGGAUCUGCAAAGUGCGAUUCGAUGCCAAUGGUGCUGCAUCUAUGAAACGGGAUCCCAGGGAUGCUAAGCUGCUGCCAGUGCAUCACAUGCUGUUGCCCCAUGACAGGGUGCACUACCUGCAGGUCCCUCUUUCCCGGAGGAUGUCCCACGACGAAACCAACAUCUUCUCUUCCCACCGCUCCUCGCCUUCCUUCCUCCACAAGUGGUCCUCAUCUGAUGACAUCCGCGUGCCUACCCCUCACAAACACGGGGGCGUCCCCAGCUUCCUGCUGCCGGAGCUCCGCAGCUACCACCACCACCACCGGCGCCACCGGCCUCCCGAAGACGAGUUCACCACGCUCCGGCAGUUCCUGGAAGCCGGGCUGGUGUCCCGGGGACCUGCCUCGGGGUCGAGCGUCUGCUUCUUCCGCGACGAGAUCACCACAUUCAUCGACGAGACGCCGGCGCCGUCCCCGCACAGCAGCCCGCGCCACUCGCGCCUGCCGCUGGCGGCGCAGCAGGAGAGGCGCCACUCUCUGGAUGGCACCGAGCAGGAAGACGGCCCCGAGAAGGAUCGCCGGUGUUCACUGACUGGUGGGGAAAACCUAUACCUCUACAGCGGAGAACAGGAGCCCGGGAGACGGACCUUGGGAGCUCAGGAAGUGCAGGGUUUCCAGGAGCUCGGCCUAUGAAAUGGCGGCGGAAGCAUUUGCUGGGCUCUGGAUUUUUAAGCCAAACUCGACGUGUCUCCCCAGGACCCAAGGGGUGUUUUUAGGUCCUUGUGUUUCUCACCAUGUUGGCAGAGGAGGGGGGUGUGCCCACGGCGGGGUCCUGAUGUGGUGGGGAAGGAGAACCGGCUUUGUUCGAAGCAGCCACGGAGCCCUGCGCCCAGGUGGCAAAACGUGAGCAUAGACCACCGCAGUUCACCGGAGGGCACUUUUUUCUCCAGUUCCACCCCCUCAGUAGCAUUGUUAGUGCCACACGCCCCUCCCUUUUCUUAGCUCCACCCAUUAUGAGAAACGCUUGUCGUCAGCUGCCAAGUGUGGGACAGGAAGGUAUUAAAAAGAAAUCUAUAUUUGGAGUGUCA